GAGGAACGAAAGGGGUUGGGGGGGGGGAAGGGGGGUCCAGUCUCCCCUGGCCAAGCACUUUUUUUUGGAAGUCCUAGAACUGAUCUCCAGGACCAAGACUCUUCUCCCAGCCGCUAGGGCCCCCGCUCAGCCAAAGAGGCACCCAGGCCUUCCCUGACAUGCGACCUGUCAGUGUCUGGCAGUGGAGCCCAUGGGGGCUGCUGCUGUGCCUGCUGUGCAGCUCCUGCCUGGGAUCUCCAUCCCCAUCCACUGCCCCGGAGGAGAGGGCCGGGAGCCAGGGGCUGCGGUUCCGGCUGGCUGGCUUCCCCAGGAAGCCCUCCGAGGGCCGCGUGGAGAUCCAGCGGGCUGGCGAAUGGGGCACCAUCUGCGAUGAUGACUUCACGCUGCAGGCUGCCCAUGUCCUAUGCCGGGAGCUGGGCUUCACAGAGGCCACAGGCUGGACCCACAGUGCCAAAUAUGGCCCUGGAACAGGCCGCAUCUGGCUGGACAACCUAAGCUGCAGUGGGACUGAGCGGAGUGUGACUGAAUGUGCCUCCCGUGGCUGGGGGAACAGUGACUGUACCCACGAUGAGGACGCUGGUGUCAUCUGUAAGGACGAGCGCCUCCCUGGCUUCUUGGAUUCCAAUGUUAUUGAGGUAGAGCAUCACCUGCAAGUGGAGGAGGUGCGACUUCGACCACCAGCCGUUGGGCGGGGCAGGCGGCCCCUGCCCGUGACUGAGGGACUGGUCGAAGUCAGGCUUCCAGACGGCUGGUCGCAAGUGUGUGACAAAGGGUGGAGCGCCCACAACAGCCAUGUGGUCUGCGGGAUGCUGGGCUUCCCUAGCGAAAAGAGGGUCAACAUGGCCUUCUACAGGCUGCUGGCCCAGCGGCAGCAACACUCCUUUGGUCUGCAUGGGGUGGCGUGUGUGGGCACGGAGGCCCACCUCUCCCUCUGCUCCUUGGAGUUCUAUCGUGCCAAUGACACCACCAGGUGCCCUGGGGGGGCCCCCGCGGUGGUGAGCUGUGUGCCAAGCCCUCUCUACGCAGCGUCCAGUGGCCAGAAGAAGCAACAGUCGAAGCCUCAGGGGGAGGCCCGAGUGCGUCUAAAGGGUGGAGCCCACCCAGGAGAGGGCCGGGUAGAAGUUCUGAAGGCUGGCACGUGGGGCACAGUUUGUGACCGCAAGUGGGAUCUGCAGGCAGCCAGCGUGGUGUGUCGGGAGCUGGGUUUUGGGAGUGCUCGAGAAGCUCUGAGCGGUGCCCGCAUGGGGCAGGGCAUGGGUGCCAUCCACUUGAGUGAAGUUCGAUGCUCUGGACAGGAACCCUCCCUCUGGAAGUGCCCCCACAAGAACAUCACAGCUGAGGACUGUUCCCAUAGCCAAGAUGCUGGAGUCCGAUGCAACCUGCCCUACACUGGGGUAGAGACCAAGAUCCGACUCAGCGGGGGCCGUAGCCGACACGAAGGGCGAGUUGAGGUGCAAAUAGGAGCACCAGGGUCCCUUCGCUGGGGCCUCAUCUGUGGGGAUGACUGGGGGACACUGGAGGCCAUGGUUGCCUGCAGGCAGCUUGGACUGGGCUAUGCCAACCAUGGCCUGCAGGAGACCUGGUACUGGGACUCAGGGAAUAUAACAGAGGUGGUGAUGAGUGGUGUGCGCUGCACAGGAACUGAGCUGUCCCUGGACCACUGUGCUCAUCAUGCCACCCAUGUCACCUGCAAGAGGACAGGAAGCCAUUUCACUGCUGGAGUCAUUUGUUCUGAGACUGCAUCAGAUCUGCUGCUGCACUCAGCACUGGUGCAGGAGACCGCUUACAUUGAGGACAGGCCCCUGCACAUGUUAUACUGUGCUGCUGAAGAGAACUGCCUGGCCAGCUCGGCCCGCUCAGCCAACUGGCCUUACGGCCACCGGCGUCUGCUCCGAUUCUCUUCCCAGAUCCACAACCUGGGACGUGCUGACUUCAGGCCCAAGGCUGGGCGCCACUCCUGGGUGUGGCAUGAGUGUCAUGGGCAUUAUCACAGUAUGGACAUCUUCACUCACUAUGAUAUCCUGACCCCCAACGGCACCAAGGUGGCUGAGGGCCACAAAGCUAGUUUCUGUCUAGAAGACACCGAGUGUCAGGAGGAUGUCUCCAAGAGGUAUGAGUGUGCCAACUUUGGAGAGCAGGGCAUCACUGUGGGUUGCUGGGAUCUCUACCGGCAUGACAUUGACUGCCAAUGGAUUGACAUCACAGAUGUGAAGCCAGGAAACUACAUUCUGCAGGUGGUCAUCAACCCCAAUUUUGAAGUAGCAGAGAGUGACUUCACCAACAAUGCAAUGAAAUGUAACUGCAAAUAUGAUGGACAUCGCAUCUGGGUGCACAACUGCCACAUUGGUGAUGCCUUCAGUGAAGAGGCCAACAGAAGGUUUGAACGCUACCCUGGCCAAACCAGCAACCAGAUCAUCUAAGGUGCCACCACCCUCCUCUGCAGACCACAACUGGCCCCUAAUGGCAGGGGUCUGAGGCUGCCAUUACCUCAGGAGCUUACCAAGGAAUCCUUGACGUCAGCAAGUCCACAGCACUCAUCCAUUGUGCACUGUGGAUAUAGAACUGUCAAGCAGAACUUACUGCCCUCCUUCUUAGGCCAGCUGUCCGGAUCUGUGGCCAGGCGUGGGGAAUUUUUGCUCUCAGGCCCAGCACCAAGCCAAGCACGCCACGUAGAGGCGCACCUGAUUAACUGCCCAGAACAGACAGCAGCAGCUUGUUUUCCUGAAUAGGGAGGUCAGAAUGGUCAACUCCAGUAUCUCCCCUCAGUUCAGGGAGAUACAGCUUUACCUCUAGUCUUUUUUUUGGGGGGGGAAGAGCAGUGCGCCACCCUUCCCUCAUUUUUGAGUAUAACAUGUUGCUAGGUAUAAUUUUAUUUUAUAUAAAAAGUGUUUUUGUGAUUCCUCA